UGUAACAAGCAGAGGAAACUGGAAGAGCAGGCUGUAUUUCCGGCGCAUGUGAGUGACGUAGAGGAAGGAGCUAGUAGAGUCUGCGGUGCAGAAAGGCUUUUCCGAUUAUCAUUUUCUCUUGGAAGGAAAAACAAUUCCCACCUUCUGUUGACCAGGUCCCUCUGCAGCCAUGGCACAAUACAAAGGAGCUGCCAGCGAAGCUGGCCGGGCACUCCAGCUGAUGAAGAAAAGAGAGAGGCAGCGGGAGCAUAUGGAACAGAUGAGGCAACGUAUUGCUGAGGAGAACAUCAUGAAAUCCAAUAUAGACAAAAAGUUCUCUGCCCAUUAUGAUGCCGUGGAAGCCGAGCUGAAAUCCAGCACUGUAGGUCUGGUGACUCUCAAUGACAUGAAGGCCAAGCAAGAGGCUCUGGUGAAGGAACGGGAGAAGCAGCUGGCAAAGAAGGAGCAGUCCAAAGAGCUUCAACUGAAGCUGGAGCGGAUGCGAGAGCGGGAGCGCAAACAGGAGCAGAAGCGUAAGAUCUCGAGCUUGUCCUUCACCCUGGAUGAGGAAGAGGAUGACGAUGGAGCAGAGGAGGAGUAUGAGGAAGCAGAGUUGGAGCAGGAAGAACUAACCCCCAAGAAGAGGAAACUGGGGAAGAACCCAGAUGUGGACACCAGCUUCCUUCCUGACCGUGACCGUGAGGAGGAAGAGAACCGGCUGCGAGAAGAGCUUCGCCAGGAGUGGGAGGCCAAACAAGAGAAAAUCAAAAGUGAAGAAAUUGAAAUCACCUUCAGCUACUGGGAUGGCUCUGGGCACCGCCGAACUGUCAAGAUGAAGAAGGGCAACACCAUACAGCAGUUCCUGCAGAAGGCCUUGGAGAUUUUGCGAAAGGACUUCAGUGAACUCCGGUCAGCUGGUGUGGAGCAGCUAAUGUACAUCAAGGAGGAUCUGAUCAUUCCACAUCAUCACAGCUUCUAUGACUUCAUUGUCACUAAGGCCCGAGGGAAAAGCGGGCCACUCUUCAAUUUUGAUGUACAUGAUGAUGUUCGGCUUUUGAGUGACGCAACAGUGGAAAAAGAUGAGUCCCAUGCCGGGAAGGUUGUCCUUCGCAGCUGGUAUGAGAAGAACAAGCACAUUUUCCCUGCAAGUCGAUGGGAACCCUACGACCCGGAGAAGAAAUGGGACAAGUAUACGAUCCGCUGAGCAACCGAUGGAGCUGGUGCCACUUGUCCGUGGCUGCACACUGCCUCCCUGGACCUGUUGCAUCUUCAUUUUAGCUGAGCCCAACUUGCCUGCCCCUCUACAGCAGACCCUCAUCCUCAACUGUGUCAAUCUUUGGUGUAAUAAACAUUACUGUACCCAGCA